AUUGCAGGUUCUUCAGCAAAAGCACUUGUGAGCUUGAAAGAGGGAAGUUUAUCCAGUUCGUGGAAUGAAAAGUAUAAUUCUCUGCAGAAAACACCCAUUUGGAAAAGCAAGAAUGCUGGUUCUGCAGUGGAAAUGCCCUUCAGAAAUUCAAAACGGAGUCGACUCUUCUGUGAAGAAGAUGACAGACAAAUAAACACAAGGUCACCCAAAAGAAAUCAGAAGGUUGCGAUGGUUCCACAGAAGUUUAAUACAACAAUGCCAACACCAGACAAGAAGGCAUCACAGAAGAUUGGUUUACGGCUUCGUAACCUGCUCAAACUUCCCAAAGCUCACAAGUGGUGCAUAUACGAAUGGUUCUAUUCAAAUAUAGAUAAGCCACUAUUUGAAGGAGAUAAUGACUUCUGUGUAUGUCUGAAAGAAUCUUUUCCAAAUUUGAAAACCAGAAAAUUGACAAGAGUAGAAUGGGGGAAAAUCAGACGAUUAAUGGGAAAACCACGGAGAUGUUCCUCUGCGUUCUUUGAGGAAGAGAGAUCAGCGUUAAAACAGAAACGGCAGAAAAUAAGACUUUUGCAGCAGCGGAAAGUUGCAGAUAUUUCACAGUUCAAAGAUCUUCCAGAAGAAAUUCCAUUACCGCUUGUAAUAGGAACGAAAGUUACAGCACGUUUGCGAGGUGUCCAUGAUGGACUAUUCACUGGACAAAUAGACGCUGUAGACACUCUUAAUGCUACAUACAGAGUGACUUUUGACAGGGCAGGUCUUGGAACACACACAGUCCCAGAUUAUGAAGUUCUUAGUAACGAGCCUCAUGAAACCAUGCCAAUUGCUGCCUUUGGACAGAAACAACGUCCUUCAAGGUUCUUUAUGACCCCUCCCCGAUUGAAUUAUCCACCUUCACUCCAGUCUCCGAUUACAGACAGUGAUCCUUUAUUAGGACAAUCUUCGUGGAAAAACAAAAUUUCAGGCACAGAUAGUGAAACACUAGGAGGCUUUCCAGUGGAAUUCCUCAUUCAAGUG